AUGGACAGCAGGAAAAAUUGAAGAGCGGAAGCAAAUCACUUGCGCCAUGGACGACAACGGAGCUCCCACUUUCGAGCCAGAUUUGAUUAGAGCCAUUUUCAAGCAUAUUUGGGUUAAAAAAGCUCAAGAGCGUGAAAGAAACGAAUUCCCAAACACAGAGGCUGUAGAUUCCGAGGUUGGAGCUGGAACAUCGAAGAAGAAUCGACCCACAUCUGCUAAUGCAAAUGCUUUAAAGCUUAGUUGUGAACUUCUUCGUGUUUUUACCACAGAGGCUGUCCAGAGAGCUGGAACAAUUGCUGAAGCUGAGGGUAGCACUAAGAUUGAACCAACUCACUUAGAAAGGAUUCUUCCUCAAUUACUUCUUGAUUUUUAAGGGGCUCAGCUUGCUUAUUCAUCCGUUGGAACUGAUCGACAUCUAUGCAGUAUCUCUACAUCAGCUCAUAAGUAGUAUCGCCGGAUUGUUCAUCCAUUUUGUAUGUAGAGAAUAGACUUUCUUGCCACUAGUAGCACUUUAGCAUCAAAUAUAUCUUCCAAGUUUGUUUAAUGGCUUAAUGUGACCGAGUUCGAUCUUAGUUGACAUGCUCCGGCGUUUGGACUUUUUAUUACACACCUGUGAAUCUAAGUACUAAUUGUUUUGAUCUAUAUUGAUGGUGUACAAGGCUAGCCUGUUGGUCGUGUUCUCGAUGGCA